AUGGGUCAUCUCGAUGAUCAAAUGCAUCAAUUAACUGGACUCGACGAGCAUUUUGCGCAUGGCCUACGUUCAAAAAGGCCUAACAUCUUGCCUGGUCCGGAGCAUGAAUUCAUGAAUCGAAACGUACUACCCCCGGAUCCACGCCCACCCGCAUUAGGAUACAUGCCUCUACCAGAGCCCCGCGCAGAACUCUCCCACCCCUUCUCUCAGGAACCGUAUCAUUUUGCGGAUAGACGGACGGACAGACCAUUGAAUGGGAGAAACCUGAGCCUGCGCGCCAUGACGAAUUCCGCCUCUAUGCCCGAAUACACCUUCCUUGAGCGCGCUAAUACCGACUCACCAUCCCAGAGAGCGCAAUCAGUACAAUCUGCAGGACCUGGUUCGUUGUCCCUGUAUCCUUUACCGCAGGAGGACGCAGUAACAUCAUCUAAGAACGAUCGACUUCUUCCUUCGUUCCAUCAGUUGAGCAAGAUUGCUGAUAGUGGAACGGAGGCGAGUGAUACGAGGACCGUUGGACUGCCGAAUCUCACUGCGUAUGCCAAUCAAGUCGUUGCACAGAAUGUGACAACUUCCCACCCACACUUUCCGCCAUCGCAGCAGUCCAGCCCUCCAAGCAACUUCGUCCUACUUGGCCACCCCUCGCCAACUAACACUCGCGCCGAUGGUCACGAAAUGUAUCCGCCUUCACACUCGCCAGCUUCAUUCUCCGUUUCGAACCAUGACAAUUCCAGGCGCAGGUCGGCGCAACCCACCAGACCUCCACCCUUCAUUCCCUCCAUGACCUCGUCAUCUAUGGGUACUGUAUCCUCAUCGGAGAACAUGAGCACACUUCAGAGCUGUCAAGACUCCGAGGCUGGGGGACGUAGUACUGCUCACACCACCCCAAUGGAGUCUACCCCGUCUUCCUUUGAGGGCACACCGAGAACCUCAGUGCCUCGUUUACAAACAUCGACGUCAGCACCUGGGGGCUUCAUUUGUGACCAUCCUGGAUGCGCUGCUCCACCUUUCCAAACUCAAUAUCUUCUCAAUUCGAGUCGUCCACACUACUGUCCUGUCAAGGGUUGUCCUAGGGGCGAGGGAGGCAAGGGAUUUAAGCGCAAGAACGAGAUGAUCCGACACGGGCUAGUCCACGAUAGUCCUGGAUACGUGUGCCCAUUCUGUCCCCUCCGGGAGCACAGAUAUCCCCGUCCUGACAAUCUUCAGAGACAUGUUCGUGUCCAUCAUGUGGAUAAAGACAAGGACGAUCCUUUGCUUCGAGAAGUCCUCGCUCAGCGACCUGAAGGCGGUGGCCGAGGAGGACGGCGCCGACGUACAGGCCCUGCUUAA